UUUUAUUCAAGCUUUCACUGUCAAUGUUAAACGUUAAAGUCUGGACUACAACAAUCAUGCCGUUCAGGAAUGCUUGUCGUCUCUUUGUGGGUGUCAUCAUUUACAUCUCAGGUGUUAAUGGAGGAGAAACCAGGAUCUGUGCUCUCAAAGGUUCAUCGGUGGAUCUGCACUGCUCACAUCAACAUCUGACUUCAAGCACCAAAUGGUUCACUAUUCAAUGGAAGGGAAAUUAUGUUCAGAGUGAGCUCUCUGUGGAUGGACAACGUGUAACGUACAACAUGUCUGAAGAGAAAAACAAUACUUUAACCAUCAAUGAUCUAAGAGAGAGUGAUGCAAACUCUUACUGCUGUAUGAAGACUACAGACAGUCCACAACUCUGUUGGCUCAACAGAAUUAGUCUUCAAGUUGUUGCAGAGCUGCAGGUAAAGGUGAUUCCUGCCACAGAGGGACAGACAGUAACACUGAUGUGCAGCAGCAGCUGUCCUCUGACUGAAAAGCCUGCAGCCUACAUCUGGUACAAGAACAGAGAGUUUCUCUAUGAGGACUGGUCUCCCUGGUACCAAGAGCUGCUCAGCAGUGAGGAAGCAGUCACAUACUCCUGUGCUGUCAAAGGCUACGAGGAUCUCAGAGCCCCUGAAGUCUCUGUGGGUGUUCAGGAUAAAAACUGCUGGAGAGUGAAUUAUGUCAGCAGGAGAAUCUGUGCUCUGGAAGGAUCUUCAGUGAACAUCACAAGUGAAUACUCACAUCCUGAUAACAUGAAGCCAGAGUUCAAAUGCUGGAGUAAAAAAUUGAGAAGUGGUGAUGAGGAAGUUAAAAGGUUGACUGAGGCUGCAGGUCGUGUGGAGUAUAAGGACAACAUGAAGAACCAACACAUGCUGACCAUCAACAACCUGAAGAAGAAUGACUCAGGAGGAUACACAUUCAAAUACAAGAGAGAUCAUGAAGGAUGGACUCAGUCUGAUCUGCCUGGAGUCUUUUUGAUUGUCACAGAGCUGAGAGUGAAGAUGACUCCUUCUGCAGUGGUGACAGAGGGUCAGAGAGUCACACUGACCUGCAGUACCAGCUGUCCUCUGACUGACAACACAAACUACAUUUGGUACUUGAACAGUCGACCUCUGACCCCGAGAGAGAACCAGAAUAAACAUCUGAUCCUAGACCCAGUCAUCAGGGAGGAUGCAGGAAGCUACUCCUGUGCUGUGAAAACCAACAAAGAUAUCAGCUCUGCUCCAAAGACUCUCACUGUCCAAAGUAUCACAGGAACAUGGACACCAGCAGCUGCAGGAGUUUCUGCUGCUCUGCUGGUUUUAAUACUUCUCACUGUCUGCUGGUGCAGGAGAAAAAAGAGGACUUCCAGUCAGUCUCCAAGGCGAGAAACUUCAGAUAAUAAACAGAUGCACCCUGGUCCCAUUUGUGAAAACAUCUCAGCUCAUUACAGCAGAAUGCAGGUUAAUAUUAAACAUCAACAAGAUUUCUAUUAUGAAGAAGCUGAUCUUCAUGCCAGCGAAGCUGAUCUCUAUGCCAAUGCAGCUGAGCUCUAUGCCAAGGAAGCAGAACUCGACGAAAUUGAAACUAAUAUCUACUGCAGCAUCGAAUCAUUGUGAUAAAAAAAUCAUUUAAAGGGAGCAUUCACUGAUUGGGAUAAUAAUGAACUAACACAGAAGGGACACCACAACUGAUAAGUAGAGAGUAAAAAUGAUACAUCAUAGUGGAAAAUAAAAUACAAGAGUAAGAAAAGUAGUAGUGUGUAGAAAAAUAGAAAUGCUGCUGCUGCUGAAAUGUGUUGUGCAUGUCCUGCAAAAUACAACACAACUUCAAAUUACUAUUGCCAACUUUGUCAGAUAUGCAAGCUGUACUGGAUGGUUUAGAGCUUUGGCGAAAUGUCUGUAAAACUGAACCGAUGAAACAUUAAAGUCAUCGUGUUGGCAUUUUUCUCUCUUCUUCUGCACCACAAAAUAGCUCCAUCACUUUA